GUUGGGCAGCCCUGCUCUAGCUGUUGAAUGAGGUGUGCUUUGUUAGGGUUGGAGUGAAAAUCUACAGGAUGGUAGAUCUCCAGGAACAGGGUUGGGCAGCCCUGCUCUAGCUGUUGAAUGAGGUGUGCUUUGUUAGGGUUGGAGUGAAAACCAUACAGGACUGUAGAUCUCCAGGAACAGGGUUGGGCAGCCCUGCUCUAGCUGUUCAAUGGGGUGUGCUUUGUUAGGAUUGGAGUGAAAAUGUACAGGAUGGCAGAUCCCCAGGAACAGGGUUGGAUGUCGCUGGUCUUAGGGGGGGCUUUGAGUUUCCCUGGAGACAUCCUGUUCCUUUUCUCCCAGACCGUCUUCCCACCACAGAAUGGAGUCUGCCAUCAGCGCCCUGGUGUCCCACUUUAAGGCCUUCGCCGGGAAGGAUGGCUCCAGUGCCAGCCUCAGCCGGGAGGAGUUCUGCAGUCUGGUCACUGCCCAGCUGCCCACCUUCGUCAAGAACGGCAGUGAUCCCGGGGUAAUUGACCAGCUCAUGGGCUCAUUGGACGAAAACAACGACGGCGAGCUCACAUUCCUGGAGUUCUGGCAGCUGAUUGGCAAAUUGGCUAGCAAGCAUGGGGGCUUCAGCGAAUAA